GAUAUCGAUACUAAUAUCAACACGCGGAACGUUUUGUUUUGAUUGCUAAAAAACAUAUUUUUAAGUUAAAACAAACAAUAAAUGGCUUAUGUGGCGCUGAGCGAUGCGGAGAAAACCUUCAUCCUUCAUGGCGUGGAGGAGGACUUUCGAUGCGACGGACGUUCUCGGAGGGAUUACCGACCCAUGGAGCUGGAGACGGGACUGGUGAGCAACGCAAGUGGCUCUGCCCGCCUCCGCCUGGCCAACACAGACAUCUUAGUGGGCGUAAAGACGGAGAUAGAGGUGCCCGAUCCGCUCACGCCGGAGUUCGGAAAGCUGGAGUUCUUCGUGGACUGCUCGGCCAAUGCCACACCGGAAUUCGAGGGACGCGGAGGCUCGGACUUAGCCCAAGAACUGGUGCUGUCCCUUCAGAACGCCUACGAAUCGCCACUGGCGUUUGAUUAUCGCACCUUGUGCCUCAUUCCGGGUCAGCAAUGCUGGAAGCUCUACAUAGACAUAUUGAUUUUGGAGUGCGGCGGAAAUCUCCACGAUGCCGUUUCCCUGGCCGCCAAGGCCGCUCUUUUCAACACAAAGCUCCCACGGGUGACCGCCACUCUUCUGGACGCCGGUAUCACAGACCUCAUCAUAUCGGACAACCCGUACGACUGCACCCGCAUUGGAAUCGACACUGUGCCCCUCCUGGUCACAGUCUGUAAGAUUGGCGACUUCUGUCUCGUGGAUCCUUCAGCGGAGGAGGAGGUGUGCAGCACCGUCAGCAUGGUGGUGUCCGUAUCUAUGCGCAAUGGAGAGGCCUUCCUAUCGGGCACCCACCUGACGGGCGGCGGCGCUAUGCACCGAGACACCAUGCGCAACUGCCUACAACUGGGCCUGUCCAUUGGCGAGCACCUGGACACUUUGCUCGCUAAGAUGCUAAGGCAGGAGCAGGAGCGCGUGGGACCCAAGCGACCCAAAACAGUUGGGUUCCUUAAAUAAAACAGAUUUUGUCUAAAUGUGAAAA